CUAUUACAUCAAAUAAAAAUAAAAAAACACAGUGACGAUUUUAAACGUCUCCAUCUUAAAAAUAACUCCCAGCUUGAAUCAUAUAACAAACCGCUGACUAAGGAAUUAGUAAUAUGGCAGAAAACAGUUCAAGCUGUUCCUGAGUGGGCAAACAAAGCAUUUUCUAUGAAACCUGUUAAGCUGAUUUUUUUAACCACUAGACAGCGCUGGAGCUGCUUAAAUACCGUGAGUCCUUGAUACCAGAGAGCUCAACACUGCAGUGCCAGACACGUAUGGAAGCAUAUGGGUAGCAUUAUUCAAUUUGGGGUGUAAUAUGCGAAAUGACAAUGCAAUAUGUAAAAUGACAAUGCAGUUCUGUAUUUACAUUUACAUUUUCCAAUACAUUUGUGCAACGUUUGGUGCAAAAUGAAAAUGAAAUUACAUAAUUUUCAUUUGCCAUUUCAUACACCAGUUUUAAUAUGUAAAAUGAAUGCUAAUUUUAACGCUUUAUAAGUUGUCAAAUGAAAAUGUAUUACAGAAAUGAUUAGAAAUAACAUGUUCAAGCAAAAACUGUGCUAAAAAAAGUGCUAGGUAUAGUUUACAGUUUGUUAGAGAGUUCAACAGCUUGGGACAAUAGUGACUAAAGUAGUGACUUUAGGUUUAACCUUUGGUGUUUUGGGGAGCCUUUAGUUAAAUUAUAUCACUGAUCUGGCUGGUUUAGUGACAAUAUUGCCAAAGUAUUGAAGACAUUUAAAAUUUAAAAUCCGUUCUGUAAGAUCAAGGUAGCAGUGUGAAAGGAUUUAAGUGCUGAAAUGUGAUUCCUCAGUCCGGAAUGAGCCUACAUUCUGUGACACAAAUUCCCUCCUCUCUUUGAUUUGGAUAACAAUAGGUGAGCUUACUCACAUUAAAUGCCACAACAGUCACAAAAAAUAGGAAUGUGAAUUCUAUCCUGGUGAGAAAGGGCAGAGUAGAUUCUGAUUGGCUGAGGGCGCUGUCAGCACUGUGUUUUGAAGCUUGUAGUCAGAUUAAAUAAGAGAAUAAGAGAACCGUGGCAGUUAAAAGAGGGGCCAAGAUAGCAGGAAGGACUCACUUUAACCCUUGAGAAUUGCUGUCAUGACGCUCGCUGAGAUUAUCUUCAUUUUUACCGGGACUUGUGCUGUCCUGGUUUUUGGAGGGAAAUUAGUAUGCCUGUUUAUGAUGCUUGUCCCGAAGCUCUUCUGUCCUCUUCCUGAGUCUUUUUUCACCACACUAGGGAAAUGGGCAGUGGUCACUGGAGGGUCAGAUGGAAUAGGAAGAGCAUAUGCAGAAGAGCUUUCCAAACUAGGUAUGAGUGUGAUCAUCAUCAGCAGAAAUCAAGAGAAACUUGCCAGAGCAGCAAGGAAGAUCGAGCUCACUACAGGACAGGAAGUCAAAGUAAUAGCUGCUGACUUCACCAAAGAUGACAUAUAUGGACACAUUAAUGAAAACAUCAAGGGUUUGGAUAUUGGUAUUUUAGUGAACAAUGUCGGGAUUCUGCCCAGCCAAAUACCCUGCAAGCUACUUGAAACCUCUGACUUAGAAGAAAGAAUACAUGAUGUUAUCAACUGCAAUGUAAAAGCCAUGGUUAAGAUGUGCAGAAUUGUGCUACCAGAGAUGCAGCAAAGAGGAAGAGGAGUGAUUCUGAAUGUGUCCUCUGGCAUAGCCAAAAUACCCUGCCCCAUUUACACCCUGUAUGCCGCAUCCAAGGUUUUUGUUGAGAGAUUUUCACAGGGUCUUCAAGCAGAAUAUAAAUUCAAAGGAAUUAUUAUUCAGACGGUGGCUCCAUUUGGGGUGUCAACAGCAAUGACAGGACAUCAGAAGCCAGAUAUGGUCACAUUCACACCUGAGGAGUUUGCAAGGAGCUCACUGAAGUAUCUAAAACUAGGAGACCAAACAUAUGGCAGUGUCACUCAUACCAUACUGGGCGGGAUUGUGCAGUCCAUUCCCACCUGGGUCCUGCAGAGCAAAGCGUUUCAGCAUCAUUUCAGGGAAUAUGUGAAGGAGAAAGUCGGAAGCUGAGAGUUGUCCCUCUCUUAGUGUGUGUGUGUGUGUGUGUAUGUGUGUGUGUGUGUGUGUGGUAUUGAACAUUUGAUACUUUAAAAGCACAAUUGUUGUGUUUGUUUGCACUAAUUAUGACAAUGCUGCAUGUCAAAAAUAUAAGGCUGGGAAAGAAAGGGAGAGGACUAAAAACUGGCAGGCCUUUGUUUGCCCAUGGUCCUUCAAAAUAUAUGCCAUAUCAGUGUCAAUAAUGGAACAUAUUAUCAUUAUUAAUCAUAAUCAUGUCAGUAGACAGGAGAUAGCUGCUGUGCUGACCUUGAUAACAUUAACAGAAGGUCAAUCUCAGAAAGGCCAAAUGACAGAGUAAAAGAUGUGGCCUUGUUAUUUUCUAUCUAUAUUUUGCGAUCAGAAAAUGUUCUUAUUUUUAGAGCAUUUUAUAAAUAACAUGAAUAGCCCCAAAACACUUAAACAGAUAUUUGGCGCCACAUACUGGUUAAAUGCACUUUGACAUGAUGAUCUUUAAAGCUUGAAGGUAAUGUAAUUGUUUGAUAUUGUUGUCAUUAUAUCCCAUUAUAUCAAUUAAUCACUGUAUCCAUAGCAAAAUUACAUAAUGAAAACACUGAUAUGUAAACAGCACUUAAAGAACACGCACAUUUUUUAUUAUUAUUAUUUAUUUUAAUAUAGCCUACAUAUACAUAUCUAAAUAUCUUACAACAGUUUUUUAAAGUAACACUAGAAUCACAGCAGUAAUUACUGUAUAUUUACCUUCUUUUUUUUCGUUUUUUAAAGCUCUGUUUUAAAGAGCUACUAGUUGUGUUUUGACGUUCAGCCAGCAGAGGGCAGGUUUUUGAUUCUGCAGCAUUACAGAACCUGAAGCACAUGACUUUUGGUGGAGUGAUUGAGUGAUUGAUCUCUGUGUGGAGGCAAGGUUCAUGUCUUGAAGAUGUUGAGAAGGUAAAGGACACAAACAAGUGCAGUCUGAUGGGGGAUUUCCGUCGCAGAUGUAGUAUUUUAAUAAAGUUGUUCACCCUUGAGCGAGCUGUUCUGAUAAAAAUACAGCUGACAAGAUAACUAUCAGUUUUCACUUAUAUGAAAGGGGUUUGUGUUUUUACUACAGGGAAUUUCCACGGAUAAUUUAUAAUGCUACUUGUAACAGAAAAGACAUUUAUGUGUAAUAAAGCUAAGGCAAUAAUUAAAAUAA